AUGGGCACCACGAAGACUAAGCCAUGGCUCUUAUUUGUUCUGCUUCUAAUCCUGUCUUGUUGCACAGCAUGCUUCUCCAUUGCCGGUAAUACCCUUUCAGCAGGUCAGUCUCUUUCUUUUUCAAAGAACGAGACCAUAUUAUCUCAAGGUGGCACUUUUGAGCUCGGUUUCUUCACUCCAGGCUCUCCAGUAAAAAUCUACCUGGGCAUAUGGUAUAAAUGGUUUGUUCCAAGGGAAGUUGUUUGGGUAGCAAAUAGAGAAAACCCUUUGUCUGACCCAAGACUUCACCUCUCAGAAGAUGGCAAUCUACUCCUGUUUGAGGGUUCCUCCAAGAUCCCAUUUUGGUCGACAAAUUUAACAUUUCGCGGGUCAAAUAUAACUGAAGCAGUACUUCGUGAUGAUGGGAAUUUUGUUUUGAGAAACAGGUCGAACACGCCUUCUAUAUUUUGGGAGAGUUUCGACCAUCCAACCGAUACAUGGCUGCCAGGUGCAAAGCUUGGGGUCGAUAAGCACAUUUCAUGGAAAAAUUCAGAGGAUCCAGCACCUGGUGUGUUCUCGUUGGGGUUAGACCCAAAUGGAAGCAAUCAGUAUUUCUUAGAGUGGAACAGAUCCCAAAACUAUUGGAGUUCUGGAGUUUGGAACGGAAAAAUUUUCAGCUUAAUUCCUGAAAUGAACGCAUUUGUGCCAAGGAAAAAUGUUCCGUUUAGUUCUAUCUUCACCUACACUUUUGUGCCAAGUAAAAAUGGAAGUGAUGGAUAUUUAACGUACUCUCUUCAAAACCCUUCUUACCUUUCUAAAUAUCGGGUUGACUACAGAGGACAGUGGAAGCUACGAGUGUGGAUGUCUGGCCCUUGGGAAUGGAGUUCAUUUUGGACUGGACCGAGGAAUCUAUCUGAUGUCUUUGCUUUGUGUGGUGCGUUUGGCGUGGUACAGUACCCUGAGAAUGAUUCAACCCCUUGUCAGUGUCUAAAAGGUUUCGAACCAUUUUCGAUAAACUACACCAGACUAAACGAUUGGCGAGGUGGCUGCGUGAGGAAAUCCCCUUUGCAAUGUGAGAAGAAUAAUACGUAUGCUAAUGGAAAAAAAGAUUGGUUCUGGAAAAUGCCAAACAUGCGAUUGCCUGUUCAUUCGAGAGCAUAUUUGGCCGUGAUCAUGAAUGCUAGUAGAUGUGAAUUGGCUUGCACGGAGAAUUGUUCUUGCACUGCUUAUGCUUAUAAUAGGAGUGGGUGUAUGAUAUGGGAUGGAGCUCUUUUCAACUUACAGCAACGCGAGAUUGGGCAAGAUAUCUAUCUCAAACUUGCUGCUGAUGAGUAUCCAGAUCCAAGUACGAAAGGGUUUAUCUUAUGCCUCGUCAUUGGUUUUUCAACCAAAGGAAAGCUCAAAUGCAUAGGAGAGAAGGCCUCAAGCAAUAAUCUACUCUCAUUUGAUUUUGAUACUGAACUCCAUGCGAAGGAUGCUGAGUUACCACUAUUUAGUUAUGAAAGCGUAUCAGCUGCAACUAAUAAAUUUUCAGAUUUGAAUAAGCUUGGAGAAGGAGGUUUUGGACCUGUUUAUAAGGGGAAAUUACUCAGAGGGCGAGAAAUUGCAAUGAAGAUGCUUUCAAAAAGAUCUGGGCAGGGAAUCGAGGAGUUCAAAAAUGAGACAAUAUUAAUUGCAAAACUCCAACAUAGAAAUCUUGUCAGAAUCUUAGGUUGUUGUAUUGAGCGAAAUGAAAAGAUAUUAAUAUAUGAGUACAUGUUCAAUCAAAGUUUGGAUUUCUACCUUUUUGAUCAAACAAAGAAAAACAUGUUAGAUUGGGGGACACGCAUACACAUUAUUGAAGGAAUUGCACAAGGAAUUCUUUAUCUUCAUCAAUAUUCAAGGUUACGGAUCAUACAUAGAGAUCUUAAGCCCAGCAACAUUCUCUUGGAUAGUGAAAUGAAUCCAAAAAUAUCAGAUUUUGGGAUGGCUCGAAUAGUUGGAGACAAUGAAACGCCAACAAACACACGUCGAAUUGUCGGAACUUAUGGCUAUAUGUCUCCUGAAUAUGCUAUGGAUGGUUUGUACUCGAUAAAGUCAGAUGUGUUUAGCUUUGGAGUAUUGGUACUUGAAAUUGUGAGUGGCAAGAAGAACACUGGCUUCUAUAACAGCGAGUCACUCAAUCUUCUUAGAUACGCUUGGGAGCUAUGGAUAGAUGAUCGAAGUUUGGAGUUGAUGGAGCCAACAAUAGGAUAUCCUUCUUCUACUUCUGUUCUAUUGAGAUUCAUUAACAUUGGCCUUCUUUGUGUCCAAGAAAGCCCGACUGAUCGACCUACCAUGCCUGAUGUAGUCUCAAUGAUUAGCAAUGAAUAUGUUCCUCUACCUACACCCAAGCAACCUGCUUUUACCAGAGGCCGGAAUGUGAUUGACACAAAUUCAACAAAUGACAGUACUACAGAAAAUGGCUCAAAAAAUAGCGUAACUAUUUCAACAAUGGAAGCGCGAUGA